ACCUGCACGACAUUACACUUGAAACAGGCAAAGCAGAGGAAGGGAGCUAUUGCAUUGGUAUUUAAAAAAAAAAAGAACAUUUAAUUCCGAAUUUAAUACAGUAGAGCAGUUUAAUUGAGCAGCGCCUUGUGAACUACACUACUCAUCAUGAAGCUGUGCUUUCUUGUUCUGCUGGCCAUCAGCAGUGUCUUUGCUGAUGAAGAUGACAAGAAGGAGAGUGUCGGUACUGUAGUUGGCAUUGACCUGGGUACCACUUAUUCUUGUGUUGGUGUCUUCAAGAAUGGACGUGUGGAAAUCAUCGCUAACGAUCAGGGUAACCGAAUCACUCCAUCUUAUGUGGCCUUCACUGUUGAGGGAGAACGUUUGAUCGGUGAUGCUGCUAAAAACCAGCUGACCUCCAACCCAGAGAACACUGUCUUUGACGCAAAGCGCCUGAUUGGUCGUACGUGGACUGACCCCACUGUUCAACAGGAUAUUAAAUACUUCCCUUUUAAGGUUGUUGAGAAGAAGAGCAAGCCUCAUAUCCAGGUUGAUAUUGGAGGUCAAAUCAAAACCUUUGCUCCUGAAGAAAUUUCUGCCAUGGUGCUCACAAAGAUGAAGGAAACCGCUGAAGCCUACCUGGGCAAAAAGGUUACUCAUGCUGUGGUUACUGUGCCAGCCUACUUCAACGACGCCCAGCGUCAGGCCACAAAGGAUGCUGGAGUCAUUGCCGGACUGAAUGUGAUGAGGAUUAUCAAUGAGCCAACUGCUGCUGCUAUUGCCUAUGGCUUGGAUAAGAAGGACGGCGAGAAGAACAUCCUUGUGUUUGAUCUAGGCGGGGGUACUUUUGAUGUUUCUCUGCUCACCAUUGACAAUGGUGUCUUUGAAGUAGUGGCUACCAAUGGAGAUACUCAUCUGGGAGGUGAAGACUUUGACCAGCGUGUCAUGGAGCACUUCAUCAAGCUGUACAAGAAGAAGACUGGCAAAGAUGUGCGGAAGGACAACCGUGCCGUGCAGAAGCUGCGUCGUGAAGUGGAGAAGGCCAAGCGGGCUCUGUCUGCCCAGCACCAGGCCAGAAUUGAGAUUGAGUCUUUCUUUGAGGGAGAAGAUUUCUCUGAAACUCUUACCAGGGCAAAGUUUGAGGAGCUCAACAUGGAUCUCUUCCGGUCAACUAUGAAGCCAGUCCAGAAAGUCCUGGAGGACUCGGACUUGAAGAAAGCUGACAUAGAUGAAAUUGUCCUGGUCGGCGGCUCCACUCGAAUCCCAAAGAUUCAGCAGCUGGUGAAGGAACACUUCAAUGGCAAGGAGCCUUCGCGUGGCAUCAACCCUGAUGAGGCUGUGGCUUAUGGUGCUGCUGUGCAGGCUGGGGUGCUGUCUGGGGAAGAGGAUACUGGUGAUUUGGUUCUUCUUGAUGUGUGCCCCCUGACCCUUGGUAUUGAGACUGUUGGAGGCGUCAUGACAAAGUUGAUUCCACGAAAUACUGUUGUGCCAACAAAGAAAUCCCAGAUCUUCUCCACUGCAUCUGACAACCAGCCCACUGUUACCAUUAAGGUUUAUGAAGGUGAACGACCUCUGACAAAAGACAACCAUCUGCUGGGCACAUUUGACCUGACUGGCAUCCCUCCUGCUCCUCGUGGUGUCCCCCAGAUCGAAGUCACCUUUGAAAUCGACGUCAAUGGCAUUCUCCGUGUGACCGCCGAAGACAAGGGCACCGGAAACAAGAACAAGAUCACCAUCACAAACGACCAGAACCGCCUGACCCCUGAAGACAUUGAGAGGAUGGUGAACGACGCAGAGAGGUUUGCUGAAGAGGACAAGAAGCUGAAGGAACGCAUAGACGCCAGGAACGAGUUGGAGAGCUACGCCUACUCACUGAAGAACCAGAUCGGAGACAAGGAGAAACUGGGGGGCAAGCUGUCCUCUGAAGACAAGGAGACCAUUGAGAAAGCAGUUGAGGAGAAGAUCGAAUGGCUCGAAAGCCACCAGGAUGCUGAAAUUGAAGAUUUCCAGGCUAAAAAGAAAGAACUGGAGGAGAUUGUGCAGCCCAUUGUCAGUAAACUGUACGGCAGUGCGGGAGGACCACCACCAGAGGGUGGCGAGGAGGAACAGGCAGAGAAGGAUGAGUUGUAGAGCUCCCCCUUCCUUCACAUAGGUGUAUAUAUUGGACUCCUUGAGAACUGUAAUGUGUUUGAGGAAAUCAAUAUUUUGAAUGGUGGAAAACUCAUUCACGAAUGUAAAUGUGGUAUCUUCACAGCAAGGUGGAGUGAAGUUAUAGCCGGGUUGGCUCUGCUGCUGUUCUUUGGCAGUUUCAGUUGUGGAGGCGGCUUUUUUUUUUUUCUUGGAGAGGGGGUGGGGGGCAGAUUAAAUAGGGAAUGGGAACAAAUCCAAUGUGUUGAUGAGAUGUUUAGAAAAUUGUUUACUAUUUAUUUGAAAUUUGGUCAUUCUGGAUAUUGUAGAAAAAUGUUUUCUACUGUAAAUUGACCUUGAAUAAAUGUUAAGUUUGAUACUA